AUGCCGGCUCCUCACCUGAGCCUCACUGGCGGUGGGAUGUUGAAAGCUGGGAACAAUUUCGCGUUGGGAUUCUCAAACAGCAUUGCGAUUGUUUUGUUCAACGCGCGCGCAUUUUGCACCCGUCCGCGCGUUGUGGCGGCCGGCCGUACACUGACUGUGACUGGCGAUGUCACCCUCCGCCGUGACGUCACCAGCUGUUGGUUACAAGCUACCCUUCGCCGUCCUUAUCCGAUCGGUGCGGAGAGAGCGGGACGCACAAAACCGCAGUAA